AUGCCUGGAGAGUCGGCGAAAGCGGCGGAAGCGGCCGCAGCCAGCAGUCCCAGUACACCGAAGAAGAAGCCCACUAACUCACGGGCGGCCCUGGCAAAGGUGUCCCUGCUCGAUGGGUCGAUUCUGGAGGUGACCAUUGAUCGAAAAUGCCGCGGUCGUGACCUGCUGAACUCCGUCUGCGCUGGGCUGAACAUUCUGGAGAAAGACUACUUCGGGUUGACGUAUCACACAGCGAACGAUCCACGGACCUGGCUCGAUCUCGAGCGUCCCGUGACGAAAUUCUUCCGUUCCGACCCGUGGGACCUCUCCUUCGAAGUGAAGUUCUAUCCUCCAGAGCCGGCCCAGCUGCAGGAGGACAUCACGCGUUACCACUUGUGUCUGCAGGUGCGCAACGACAUUUUGGAGGGUCGACUACCCUGUUCGUUCGUGACACAUGCCUUGCUCGGUUCGUUCCUGGUGCAAUCGGAGCUCGGUGACUACGAUCCGGCGGAGAUGAAGGACCGUUCCUACCUGAAGGACUUUAAGAUCGCCCCCAACCAGACACCGGAGCUGUUGGAUAAGGUUAUCGAUCUGCACAAGACUCACAAGAGUCAAACACCGGCGGAAGCUGAGCUGCACUAUCUCGAAAAUGCAAAAAAGCUCGCUAUGUACGGUGUAGAUCUGCACCCGGCUAAGGAUUCGGAGGGCGUGGACAUCAUGCUUGGCGUUUGUGCGUCAGGUUUGCUCGUUUACAGAGACAAACUUCGCAUUAAUCGGUUUGCCUGGCCGAAGAUAUUGAAAAUUUCUUACAAACGCAACAACUUCUACAUUAAAAUUCGUCCCGGUGAGUUCGAGCAGUAUGAAUCGACGAUCGGCUUCAAGCUGGAAAAUCAUCGCGCUGCAAAGAAGCUAUGGAAGGCGUGCGUCGAACAUCACACCUUUUUCCGCCUCAUGACGCCCGAACCGCAGCAAAAGUCUGGCCUUUUCCCGCGUCUCGGCUCCAAGUAUCGUUACUCCGGCCGCACGCAUUACGAGACGCGAAAAACGCCCGUGGAGCGUCCCGCACCCGACUUUAUUCGUAGUCUCACAGGAAAGAGAUUAUCCAGCCGCAGUAUGGAUGCUCUGGCACAGCAGGAGAAGGAACGUGCCGCCGCCAAGGAUCCGAACAAGGAUGCAAACAAGCGGCACACGAUGUCCCAUCCGCCGGAUCACAUUCCUGACCUGGACUCACCGACUCGCGGAUCUCGCAGCCCCAUCAAGAAGGACAAAAAGGAACGCCUGAAGCGCGAGUCCAGCACUGGCACAGCGUCCGCCUCAUCGCAGAGCUCUCUCGAGGGAGAGUAUGAAACCACAUCGCCAAACGUUGUUCCAGCACAGAAGCCAGCUGGAGGUGUUGCAGUACUCCCAGGUGCAGGAAAGAAGGACAAACCAGAACAAGUCACACAAAAAGAGGAGGGGCUUAAUGGAAACAACGGACAAGCUGAAGCACUCAACUCAUCGGCAGAAGAAACAACAUCACCGUCCGGCAAACGCAGGGGAUUCCUGUUUUCAUCCGGUCGCAAGUCGCCGAAGGACAAGAAGGCACCUGCCACCGGAACUGAGCAGCCCGCUAAGGUGAUGGCCGCAGCAAACGGUGACGGUAGCGGCGGAAAGAAGGAACAAACGAAGGAAGCCGUUCAGGCUCAAGCACAAGAUGCGGCCAAGAAGCAAACCACACCGGAAAAGCCCGGUUUCACCAAACCGUACGAAUACUCCGAAAGCGAGCAAGGACCUGGUGCUAACAAAAAGAACGUUAAGACUCGUGGUUUCCGGUAUGAUGAAGCUCCACUACGUCAGAACGAAGAGAACGAGCCACAGCUGAGUCCAAACUCGCAAAGUCGACGAGCAACCGGGCUUGCGUUCAACUAUGCCCCGGGUGAGGAUCAAAAGGUUCGCGAAUCGGUCGAAAAACGUAAGACCCCUGGAUCACCGGUUGUCGCCGGUUCUCCGGACAAAAAGGAUCAACUGUCCCCGAAGUCGGCCGCUCGCGGUCUGCCAGGCGAGAGUGAUGCCGAAAAGGGUGUCCGCACAAGUGCCCGAUCGUACUCUCCUAACAAGGGCAGACAGGUGGUUGAUCCUCUGGCCUCUGGUGCCGGUACGUUCCGGCCGCUGGAGGAUACAAGCACAAGCUUUAUCCAGGGUGAACAAGCAGGAGCUGCUGCAGCAGCUGCCGCUGCUGCUGCUGCCGCUGCUGAACCAGCCAAGAAGAAGGUCAAGAUUAUGGUCAUCAUUUCGAAGUUUGACCCCAAGACAAAGAAGGUCGAUACGGCGCAUGGCGUAGUCGAACACUCGACCGGUGUGCUGGACACAAAGACGGGCCAGAUCGAGAGCAAGUACGGAUUGAUCGACCCCAAGGCUGGUACGGUGGUCAACUUUAACGCACGCACGGGACAGAAUGAGACGUUCCAAGGUCAAACGGAUCCGAAAACGGGUCAACUGCAUAUUGUUGGCGGCGUGGUCGACUCGGCGAGCGGUAAGGUCGAUGAUUCGCUCGGUCAAGCCAUUACGGUGGUACCGGACGAGGAUUCGGUGGUAGAAAUCACCACCAUUACUUCCAAGAUUGAUCCGAGUACGGGAAAAAUUGAUACAAUCAAUGGAGAAGUGGAAAAGACACGAGGUAUUCUCAACCAUCGCACCGGUGUUCUGAGCACCAAGUAUGGUGACAUCAAUCCACGCACUUCUGAGUUGCGUGCGAUCGAUCCGAAAACUGGCAAACCCUCACCAGCGGCCUCGGCCGUUCGUGCGGUGAUGGUCGACCGCAGCAAUGGUCAGAUUACGAUCGUCGGUGUGGCCGAUCCCAAGACGAAUAAGGUUGAUAACAGCCAGGCCCACCUGCUUGCGAUUGGCAAUCAGGUCGAUCCGGUGGUAGAAGUCACUUCCGUGCUGGGUAAGCUGGACAAGAAGGGUCUCGUUGAUCCGAAGACGAUCGCGAUCGACAAAAGCACGGGUCAAUUGGACACGAAGGAGGGCAAAAUCAACACCAAAUACGGUCAGCUGGACCUAGUGAAGCAAACCGUUACAUUCGUAGAUCCAAAAUCUGGCAAGACGGAAACAAAGGAGAUCAAGGUGGAUCCGGUCACCGGACAGGUUGUGUUGAAGAACCAGCUCAACCCCAAGACUGGCAAACCGGACAAGGACUACGGGCGCAUUGUAUCGAUACGUAUUGUGCACAAUCGCAUCGACCCGGUAACGGGCAAGCACGUUCCGGCGGCACCUGUCGAAGACAAGGAUGUCCGAGUGGACGCAAAAACGAACCAAGUUUGGCUGCCCGAUGGUGGCAAGGAUCCCAAGACGGGUGAAACAAUUUACACCUCAAGCCAGGUCGACCCCAAGACGGGCUUCGUCAUCACAAUCUACGGCUAUCUGAAUCCGAAGACAAACGAAAUCGAACGACAAUCGAAACUGGAUCCGAACCUAACGAAGAUCGAUCCUGGUACGGGUCAGGUAUAUGCGGCCACCGGCCAGGUGGACGAAACCACCGGAGAGCCGUUGUUCGCGGCAACACAGAUCAACGAGGAGGACGGCGAGAUCUACACAAAGGUGGGCCGAAUCGAUCCGAAAUCGGGCAGGCUAGUCAUCAUCAAAAUUUUCAUCAUGACGAAGAAGGACGAACGGGGAAAACCAGAGGAACUGGACGUGAGUGCGGUUGAUCUAGACCCAGAGACGGGCCACAUCCGGAACGUGGCACCGAAAACACUCUACCUUUACAAGAUGCGCGAUCCGAUCACGGGCGAAACGUACAACGUCGAUCCGAACGAUCCACGCAUUGCCGGCGCACGUACCACCGUCACCCAGACGAUGACGUUGAGUGGUGAGAUUGACCCAGUCACCGGACGCAUCAAGUCCGAGUGGGGCCACAUCGAUCCGAACACGGGCGAUAUCGAUCCGGCGACGGCAAUCCGCGAUCCGGUCACUGGUAAACUGAUACUCAACUAUGCCGACAUCGAGCCUAGCCACUUCGGUAAAAACGUGACAGUCACGAAGGAAACCGUCCCCAUUACGCGCGAACAGUUCUACGAGGGCAUCAAGCACAUGGACAAGAAGGCAACGCGGCGCGAUUCCGAGAGCUCUGAUGACGACAUGACCGCACAAUACGGCAAGGAAACGAUGAAGGAAAUUAACUCAGGCUCUACAGCCGCCGGUGUUGGUAGUAAGCAGAACGCCGGAACUCCAACCGUUGUCAAGACGACUACCAAGCAGGUGAUCACUAAAAAUGAGGAUGGCGUUACUCACAACGUCGAAGAGGAGGUGCAGAAUCUGGGCACCGGACAGAUCGUGUACUCCACGCAGGAGCACAAGGCCGAUGCACCGAGCGGUGCGGACGCAGGUAAAUUCGUGACGGCCACCGCUGUCACGACGCGUACGGCCACCACCCACGAGGACCUAGGUACGAACGCGAAAACCCAACAGCUCGAAGAGAAAACGGUGGCCACGACCACCACACAACAUGGCGAACGGCAGGAACAGCGUGUUAUCACGCAGGAAGUAAAAACAACCGCCACCGUCACUAGUGGCGAUCAGUAUGCGCGCCGUGACAGCGUCUCAUCGACGAGUUCCGGUGAUUCCGGAACACCGAUCGAUGGCCCCUACGGAGACGAAUCGCAAUCGGAAGUGAUUUACAACAAGUCCUACACGGGUGCCGACAAUGUGGUAGGAGCAUCACAAAUACCAGAAGGUCCCAACGUAGAGCAUCGGCGCGUGGUGGUAGAUGAUCUUGCUGAAGGAGGUACCACUGCCCACGGUGAAAUUGUAUCCUCCCAAACGGUUUCCAGCAAAACGCGCACCGUUGAAACCAUUACCUACAAAACGGAACGUGAUGGCGUUGUAGAAACACGCGUCGAGCAGAAGAUCACCAUCCAAUCCGACGGCGAUCCGAUCGAUCAUGACAAAGCCCUUGCUGAGGCAAUUCAGGAAGCAACCGCCAUGAAUCCGGAUAUGACAGUAGAGAAGAUCGAAAUUCAACAGCAAACGCAAUAAACUGGUUCGUCCAAUCGGCUCCAUCCCGUUUCGGGUGGACACAACACAGCAUAUGCAAUCCCUCUAUGAACACGCGCCAUAUUUCAAAGUUCUGCGCCUCGUAACGGGAGCAGAAGCAUUGACUACCACGUAUUUGGAGGCGAAUGAUGGGACGCGUGUCCCAAACCGAUUACAAUGGCAUUUUGAAACAUGUUGACGACGUGGUGCCAUUAGUUUGAGAGGAAACCAGAAGUUGGAAGCUAGACAAUGCACAUCGAGAUGCGGCCGGUCGUACCGUUUUUUCGGCGUAAUAUAAUGUUUGCUUACUGUUUUCUAACGCUUUGCAAAACGAUUGACCUGCAGUAGAUGGUGUCUUGGAGGGAGAGCGAAGCAAAGUUUGACAUUUAUAAUGAUAAUACAAAAGUGCAAAUCCUAGUACACACACACACACACACACGCUACGGUCCCCGAACGUGCAGUUUAGGAUUCUCGUGUGACACGGAAGGAUAAGGAAACAAAAUAUAUUCAUAUAUUUAUUUAUUGCUUUAAGCGGCAACAUUCGUGCGAUGGGACCGAUUGCAUAUUAAGAAUGUGCUGGGUGAAUGUAAGCAGCAGCAACAAACAGCAAGCAAACAAUCAAAUUCGCUUUACAAAUCACCAUUGCUUGACGAAAAAUUCGAUAAAAAGAUGUACGGGAAAAGCAGAAGAAAGAAGUAAAAAAACAACAGCUCUAUAUGCAGCACGUAAUGUUUACAUGGACGAAUCUUUGAUGUUAAGAUGUAUAACAGUUUUUCAGGGCAUACAAAGUAUAAUAAUUUGCAUUUGUAAACGGAAGAUAAACAACCCGAAAUAAUUAUUUACAGUUGUUGAUCGUGUCUUGAAGGUAACAUAAACAAAAAAAAAUCUUAGCGUAACAACCAGUAAACGAUAAGAGGUAAGGAACAGCAAAGCUAAUGUAACGGUGCGCAGUUGAAUCAUCAAUCAGAUGCAGUAGCGACAACGUUUUAUUGUGUAAACAAACAACCAAGCAUAGAUAUUAGUGCUAUUGAAGAAAGCUAAAAUAAUCUGCCGAAAACGCGUGCUUUAUUUGCGAUUUUCUUUGUUAUUGUCAUCUCUUCUGUUUCCGUUUGCGAAUAAUAUUUAAAGUACCUUUUUGAGAAAUUUUUAUCGCCUCGGCUAGACGUUUAGAGAACUUGCUUUUGAGUGCGAACAAAAAAAAAUCACGAACAUAGUCAGAAUAUAGCGUAUUCGCCGUGGCGAGCCCGCAAACUCAAGCCUAGAGAGAACGAGAAAUGUAAACCAAAAUACCAUCAGUGUUCAGGGGUUCAAAUUGGCAAUAUUGCAAAACACGUUGAUACUGAAGUCCUUCAGUCUAGUAAAAAAAAAAUAAAAAAAUACGAUAUGAUUCGCGGUACAACAAUGAAAGAGAGUGAUAAAGCGAUUUAAUAGAAUUUUUGGAGCACCCCAAACCAUUUGCUGUCACGAAUGCUGCAAUUGCAAGAUGUGAUGGCAAAAUUACAAAAUGAAAUGGUUGCCUUUUUCAAUCCUUCUCUUUAGGCACGACAAGAAUAAGCAAAUCGUAGCUAUAUACGUACGGCGAACACAAUGUUACACUACUGUUAUCGCUGUAAAAGAUCAAUGAAUGCAAGCUUAUUCAUGUUAAAUGCUUUUUUUCUGGUUCAAACUAGUUGAGUUGCUCUUCAAUACGUGCUUUUAGUCAUACUUUUGUUUUCGUUUGUAAGCUUUCUUUUCGCAUUAACAUUCCACACUCUCUUGGGAAAGGCUUCGGGACCUGCAUUCGAUAUAUAUGAGGGUUGUUUAAAUUUUCCGCACCGUUUACACGUGCGCCAAGUGCAAGCAUUCGUCAACUAAAACGAAUCGAAACUCUAAUCUAAGCAAAAGCUUCAAUCGGCUGGAUGCCGUUCUCUAAUUUAUUUGCAUCUGUAACAUCGCAGACUACAUCUUCUAUUCUAAUCUUCGCCUAGCCGAUCCCCAUGCGUGUAGCCAAGCUAAGCUAAGGAAUGUUUGUGUAUUUUCGUUUACAUGUACGAUCGUUCAGCAAUACCCUGCAAAUUGUAUGUUAACGUAAGGAUUGAUAAAUCGAGCAAGCUAAACACACCCCGUACGUAGUGCAAGCUAUAUAUUAGAGCAAACUGUUGCAUCCAUGCCGAAACGCUUUUCGAGAAGCGAAAUUAAAACCUCAUACACUGGCAAUCAGAGGUUUCAAAGGACCAGACAGAAGAACAAACACAUCACUACACAAUCGUUAUAGUGUAAUAGAGUACGGGAUGUGCGCAACGUAUCGUAAUAUAAUUUCUGUUUGUUUUAGUUUAUUCAUAAUUUAAUUUGCAAACAUUGCGGAGUGCUUUUCGUUUUCUUUUAAUUUUACCGAAAUACACUUUAAAUCUUGUUAAGUAUAUAUGUUUGUUGGUUUAGUUUUCCUUUCAACCCGAAGUUACUUGUGAGGUUUUACCUCUUAUCAUCUUAGUUAAUUUUUUAUGUACUUUUUUUUCAUCGUUGUAUGAGUAUUUAUUUACCUCUCGUUUCCCUAUCAUGCAUCUGGCAUUUUUGGCAUCUAUCUAACAAUCUUACAAGUAUAUCCUAAAACGGUCCACUAUGGAGCCAGCGUCGAGGGGUUCGUCGACGAAGCGAAAGCGUCUUUUUAUUCAUGAUAAUCCGCCGAUGAGAGGAAAGAGAGGCUGUGUAAACUAGCUAGUUAGCAGUUGUGCUUGCCACGUCAAAUAACGCCCUGAUCCGGGAUCCCAUCAGUUGGUCCCACGGGACCGUACCUUAUCCAAUAGAUAGCUCGUUACAAAAUGACAGGAAAGUGGAUGAAAACUCUCUGGUAAACUUUCAUACGUUUCGAAUGCUUACACACUUCUUUCCGGAUCUUCUACCAAUAUAGCGCAAAACAUACAAAAUGAUGAUUUUACAUCAAAACUUUAAAGUAACGUUUCCAGUGAGUUCCAAGAUAGCAGACGGCUAAAUUCAGCUUGAGAUGUGAUGGCAUGGACGCUUCGGUCGAAAAAUCGACCACUGGGGAGCAAUAUGGCUUAAAUCGGGUGUGAUCGUAAGGUGCUUUAGUGGCUUGGUUGGUUAGAGAUCAAAGAAAAGGAAUAUUGUAAGCACCGCACGUGGUAAACAGCAUAGAUGUCGCAUGCUAGAGCAGCUGUUGUGCAGCGAGGAAAAUGGAACCGAUUCAACAAAAGUGUGCAAAACAAAGUGGUGAAACAUACGCGCAUUUGUUCUGGGACCGUAUAUUGGCUCCUUGGGCAGGUGGUGGCAAUGGAUCGCAGAAACAUAAUAAAAUUGCAACGUGAUUUCGAUGCGGCUUAUGUGUAA